AUGACUGAAAGACAGGGAAUGGUCGAUCCGGCCAUCUUCGAGCAGCUCCAGGAGCGCGUCGACCAGGACUCGAGCGUGCGCGAGGAACUCCGCGACAUCAUCCAGGCAUUGGAGAAGCACGGCCGUUCUGCUCAGUCUGUUCUCGCCCGUGCUCACUCGACUCCUUCUGCUGAGCUGCCUAAUGUUGUCACCGCCGCCGAAAGCGCCAUCCGCCAGGAGAUCGAGGCCGUCCAGAAGCUCGCUGAGGCUGCUAGCAAGCAUCCGUACUACAAGUUCAAUGGCAUCUGGUCUCGCCAGGUCCAAGACACUAUAUUCACGAUUCUGUACUGCGGCUACCUUGGAGGCUUUGCUUCCGAGGGCAGUGGUACCAGGCCCGGCCGUCUGUUGACGAUCGAGGAAGUUGGAGGCAUCAUGAACGUUCCGGUCAACCUGAAGGACAAGGACGCCUUCCACAUCACCAUAGAAGAGUACCUGCAGGCUCUUAUCUCCCUGAUUGAAGAGCUGGCUCGCCUCGCUCGCAACUCUGUCACUCUGGGAGACUACACGCGCCCGAUGCAGAUUUCCCAGUUCAUCAAGGACGUCCACGCCGGCUUCCAGAUCCUCAACCUCAAGAACGACUCUCUGAGAAGGCGCAGCGAUGCCAUCAAGUACAAGGUCAAGGAGGUUGAGGAUGUUGUCUACGAUCUCUCUCUUAGGAAUCUGGUGCCUUCGGAAAGCAGCUGA